CUAUCUUACCUAUGCAUCAAACAUUUCCCACAACAUCUAUAAUUUCUACUUCAUUGUUCUUUCUCACUCAAAACAAAACCCAAAUGGCAUCAUUUAACAAGAGUGCAAUCUUCAUUCUUUUUCUCACAAUUUCACUACUUCAAUUGAGUUCAGCUAGGAAACUCACUGAAUCAGACCAACAACUUAAAUUUCAAUACCACAAAGGCCCUCUUCUAACCGGUAAAAUUUCAGUAAACCUCAUUUGGUAUGGAAAAUUCAAACCAUCUCAACGAGCGAUUAUAACUGAUUUCAUAACCUCGUUAUCUUCUCCCAUAAAACCAACCACCGCAUCACAACCAUCAGUUGCCACGUGGUGGAAAUCAACUGAAAAAUAUUACCAACUCACUAACAACAAGAAAUCAGUUAACCUAGCUCUCUCACUAGGUUCUCAAAUUCUUGACGAGAAAUACUCUUUAGGAAAAUCUCUCACAACUAACCAAAUCCUUAAUCUCGCAUCAAAAGGACAACAACAAAACGCCAUCAACGUUGUCCUAACAGCUGCUGAUGUGUUAGUUGACGGUUUUUGUUCAAGUAGGUGUGGAACCCAUGGUUCUUCUUAUGGUGCACGCGUAAAUGGAAAGAGAAACAAGUUCGCGUACAUUUGGGUUGGAAAUUCGGAGACACAAUGUGCUGGUCAAUGCGCGUGGCCAUUUCACCAACCAAUUUAUGGUCCACAAAGUGCACCGUUGGUUGCACCAAAUAACGAUGUGGGUCUUGACGGAAUGGUUAUAAAUGUUGCUAGUCUUUUAGCUGGAACCGUAACAAAUCCUUUUGGUAAUGGUUAUUUUCAAGGACCUAAAGAAGCUCCUUUGGAAGCUGCUUCGGCUUGCACCGGUGUUUAUGCUAAAGGAGCUUAUCCUGGUUAUGCUGGGGACCUUUUGCUGGACAAAACAAGUGGUGCUAGCUAUAAUGCAAAUGGUGAUAAUGGAAGGAAGUAUUUGUUGCCUGCUAUUGUUGACCCUAAAACCUCGGCUUGUUCUACAUUGGUAUAAAGUAAGAGUGUUUAGUUGUUAGGCAAUGAGAGAUUCUUUGAUUUGUUAAUUCAAUUAGUUGUUAUAGCCUCGAUAAUUCUUUGAUUCUUUGUAAUUUUAAUAAAUAAAUAAUAUCAAUAUUAUUAUGUCCUCCAUAAAUAAUGUUAUUGAAUGAAGCAAAGAUAUCAUAAUUUUA